UCUGCCGGAACUUCACAGUGUGACACCCGGCGGAUGUAAACAAAGAAGCAUGAGCAGAGUUAGCUUCACUGCUGUGUGGACUGAGCUGUAAAACGGCUGUAUUAUAGUAUGAAUGAGAAAUAUCAGAGCGUUAAAGUAACGAUGUGUUCAGUUGAGUAUCUGAGAGAGUUGAUCAGCGACAGACUAGCUGCUGCUGCUGGAGAAAUAUUCUCAGAGUUUGAAAAAACCAUCGUCCAGUACCAGGAGGAGAUCGAUCGUCAGCGCAGACUGCUGGAUGUCAUCUGGAAACCAUACAUCCCCUUACAGCUCAUAGAGCUCCCACAGUCUUAUGUCUGUGAGAAUGAGAAGACUGUCGUUGACCAUCAGCCCCAUGACCAGGAGAGAAACUCCAUGGUGGACCAUGAGGACCCAGAGCCUCUACGGAUUAAAGACCAGCAGGAGGAACUCUGUACCAGUCAGGACCAAUCAAACCCAGAGAUUUCUCAAAUUAAAGUGGAACAGGAAGAAUUGUGCACCAGUCUGGACCAAUCAAACCCGGGGUUACCAAAAAUUAAAGUGGAACAGGAUGAACUCUGCUCCAGUCAGGAGGAAGAGUUAAUUGGAUUGAAACAGGAGACUGAUACCUUUGUGGUGACUCCUGCUGAUGAGGAAAGUGACCACGGUGAACCAAAACCAAACAGUGAUCAGCUCCUGUUUCACAUCUCUUGUGUAGCUGAGAGCCCAGAUCAGGAAGGAAGCAAGGAUGUAGACUCAGGAUCAACUCGAUGUAUCGAGCUGAAACCAAGACAUCAGAGUAACAGCAGUCACAGUUAUGAUGUAGACAAUGCUCCAACGUCAGCGAGACAGUGUGAUAAUGACAAGGCAACAAAAUCUGCAACAUGCGAGGUCUGUGGAAAAGCUUUUAGGCAUAAAUCAAAUUUAAUCAAACAUCACAGAACCCACACAGGUGAGAAGCCGUAUUCUUGUGGAACCUGUGAAAAAAGCUUCAGUCAACGGACCUCUUUGACUGCCCACAUGAGAUGUCACACAGUCACCGACAGGAUGGCUGACAAGUGGAGCUUUCUGAAACAGGCCCCUGGUAAAAAGCCUGCCCAAUCUGCAAAGUAUGAAGCUUAUGGAGGACGGAAGCCCAAAAGCAGCUGGAAGCAAGGCCGUCCCUGGCUUCAGUUUGAUGGAAAUAUAAUGAAGUGUGCCUGGUGCACAGAACUUUCUGACCAUGAAUCUGCCGGAACAUACACAUGGACAUCUGCAAAAGUAGAAACUGUGAAAAAGCAUGAAACAAGCAAGGUCCAUACACAUAACACACGGAUCAUGGCAAGCAGACAGGCACCUCUCGGCACAACAGAGGCAGAGAAAGCAGUGGAAGCUUUAAACAAGGCAGAGAUGACAAGACUGGACAAACUUUUCAGGAAUGCCCAUGCUCUUGCCUUGGCUGGGCGACCGUUCUCUGACUUUGUUUGGAUGGCACGUCUAGACAAGACCAAAGGACUGGAUGGGAGCACAUACAUCACAGGCAGAAGUGCCCGUGACUUUAUGAGGGCAAUUGCGGAGGUGGAGGAUGAGAAAAUUAGACAUAUUUCAUCAACUGUGCCCUAGUUCCAAGAGGUGAUGCCAAGAACAUAUUAGCUGCCCUGAAGCGCUCCAUUGAGAUGAUUGGCAUUCCCUGGGGAUCUUUCAUCGAGAAGCUAGUUGGUAUGGGCAGCGACGGUGCAUCAGUUAUGCUGGGACGUAAAGGCGGUGUAGCUGCCCUCCUCCGUCAGGAGCAGAGUGCUCUUGUGGCAGUGCAUUGUUUUGCUCACAAGCUAGAACUGUCCCUGAAAGAUGCCCUGAAGGCUGUUCCCCUGAACAACAAAAUCUCUGUUGGUUUGUUACAGGGGUUAUUCUACAUGUACCACAACAAUCCUCUGAACAGGGCCAACCUGAAAGCAUCUUAUGUGUCUCUUGGCAUGAAGCCUCUCAUGCCAACAAGAGUUGGUGGAACAAGAUGGGUGGGCCACCAUCUGCGUGCACUGCAGAACCUCAUGACGGGGUAUGAGGCUAUCAAGCAACAUUUAGAGCAGGUUGGGAGUCCCACUGAAACAGUAACCGCUUCCACCAGUGGAAAAGCAAAAGGUCUCCUUCAGUUACUUUCUUCGCAGCGUGUGAUGAAGUAUGCGUUCUUUCUGGCUGAUGUUCUCACAGUGCUGACCAGAAUGUCGAAGAGGUUCCAGGAGAGGACCUGUUCAGCUUCCGAUAUUCACUCCAUCCUGGAAGAGUCAUGCACUUUGCUUGAGCAAAACAAGACUGUGUAAGUCAUGGGUGGAAAAAAUCAUUGAUGUUUGCUUAAUCCUUCCCCUAAUAUAUUUUUUAUAGCUCCAGUUAUAUUAAAUAUUAUUGGAAGAACAGAACUUGCAAAGGAUUGUAUUAAAUAAUCUUACCAAGUCAUUUAAUAUUUUUUUCCUUUGUCCAGGGUACAAUUUUCUGACACCAAAAUGUUAUUUUUUUCUAACUAAAAUGUAUAAUUUUGCAGUGAUGGUCCAUACCUCACUAAUGCCCUAGCCAUGUUCAAGUCAGAUGAGUCUGACAUGACUGUACAAGGUGAAGCUGCUGAAGACAUAUCUGUACCAAGAACGACCUUCCUGCAACGCCUUAUCGACAGUUUGCGAGGUCGGUUUGAGUCCGACAACAGGGAUGUAAUUGGGGCCACAAAAAUUGCAAAUUUCAUGUCCUGGCCUCUACCUGAAGACCGUCAAGACAUCAGAGGUGCACUGAGUGUUGAAAGUUGUCUAAUCAAUGUUUCAAUGUUUCUACUAAUGAUGUUUUUGUUUUCAUAUCUGUCUUUGUUACAGUUACUCUAACCCAAAACCAUGAUGAUGCAUGUUGUUUUGUUUCAGCAUAAACAAUUAUGAAUAAUGAAGUUUCUAUUUCAGUUGUUUAAUUUUGUUACAUUGACAUGUUUGUUUAUAAGUUUGCUAACCACUGUACACAGAGAUUUGAUCAUGAAUUUUUACAACAACAAAACUUUAUGUCAGAAAUGCUAAUUUCAGUAAUAUAUUUCCAGUGUUUGGUGAUGACUGCCUCCGGUCUAUCCUGGACCAUUACAGUGAGAUUGUUAAGGACGCAGGCAUUGAUACAGCAACAGCUCAUGUCGAAUGGUCUGCUCUCAAGUCUGAACUUUACUCGAGUAGGCCCAGUGAGAUCAGGUCUCUCACUUGGGACAGAGUUCACAGACUUCAUUCUUCUUCAUUCGGGACCAUUCUUGCUGUGAUGGACCUGGUUCUUACCAUACCAGGUUCAUCAGCAGAAUGUGAGCGAGGCUUUCGACAAGUCAAGACCAUCAAGACAGAUGUCCGGUCAACACUAGGAGAGGCCUCUCUAUCUGAUCAACUCAAGAUCAAGUUGAUGGCCCCUUCCAUUGAAGAUUUUGAUCCAGUCCCAGCAAUCCACCUGUGGAACAGGCAGAAGGCAAGGAGACCACACAGUGACAGCGGUGCCAUGGCAGCCGCCAAAAGGAAGUGUGUCCGGGAGUUUACUGAUAUUGCUGCUAGUGCGGUGCCAAGCACAAGUGCUACUGCAACUUCAACUGGCCCGGCAACUGAUGAAGCCCUGCUGUUUGAGGAAGAAUCUUCUGACAGUGUCUCAGAGUCUGACUCUGAUUUAGAGGAAAUUGUUACGUAGGGGAUGGUUGAGGUUGAGAUGGCCUUCAGUCAUAAUCUGCAAAGUUCUAGCCAUCUAUGUCUGAUCAAAUGAUCAGAAACAAGCAGUAGGGCUUGUAGGACAAUAUUAAGACAUGUUAUGUAUUUUCAAGUAUUUCACUUUAGGGACCAGUUCAAUUUGUUUUACUUUCAUAGCCAGUUGUACCAGAGUAACUGUGACUUUAUGUGUUUCAUUUCUGAGGAAUUACAAUUUUUUUAUUUAAAAAAUACUCUUGACUUAACUCUGAAGACUGUGACAAAGACCUAUCUUUUUUGUAUUCUUGUACACUCUUAAGCACUGUUGAUUGUAUUGCAGUUUGUUUCAGGUUGAACUCUAACAUGCUCUAAGGGCCAGUACUGCUGCUCUUUGUUAUGUUUUACAUUUGUGUAGCAUGAAUACGUGUUAUUAAAGAGUCUACUCAACUGUGAAGAGUGUGACAAAGUACUGUGUUGUCUUUGAUUUCAUAAUAAUCUGGUUGUUAGUGCAUCUCCUGAUGGAGCCAGUAAGAUCAAGAAUUCACCAGUAAUUCUUCAACUUACUCCUGUACAGUACUUAGUACAGGCCCAGGUCCUCCUGAGGUUGCCUGGCUAAGGACCAUGUGGCUAUUGUGUAGAAUGCAUUGCAGUGCUGAAAAAUAAAAUAUAAUUUCUAAAAAAUAAUGGAAUGUGCAGAAAAAAGAGUGCAAGCAAUUAGCAGGAAGCAAAUACAAGAGGCAUUUUCCAAUUUUGGUCUACUCUUAACAGUAACAGAACUAUACCCAGCACCAAGCACUGCAAGACUGCCACUCAUCAUGCAGCUAUGUUAAGUUCCAACAGACAUGCCACAGAGGAUGACAGAGGCCCAAGGGCACAUAAAAUGCACUAAACAUCUCCAUGUGACACACAGACAAAUUAUUAAGAAAAAGUAGGAUUAAAUUUUUUUGGCCACUAAAAGUUGAUUUUGGCUCCUAAAAAUGUCUAAAUUAAUGUAUGUUGGUGGCCAAAAAAAUGUCAUUUUGGCCACCGGACCUCUCGGCCUUAAAUCAAGCGCUGCACAGGUGAGAAGCCGUAUGUAACACUUGUGGAAAAAGAUUUUCAGAUUCAUCAGCACAUAGAGGGCACAUGGCAAUUCACAAAAAGAGAAAGCCAUAUUCUUGCGGAACCUGUGGAAAAACCUUCAUUCAACGGGACUCUUUGACUGCCCACAUGAAAUGUCACACAGGUGAGAAGCCGUUUUCUUGUGGCACAUGUGGACAAAGCUUUAGUCAACGGGGCUCUUUGAAUCUCCACUUAAGACGUCACACAGGUGAGAAGCCAUAUUCUUGUGGAACCUGUGGAAAAAGCUUUAAACAUAGUUAUCAAUUAAAAGCCCACAUGACAAUCCACACAGCUGAGAAGUCAUGAUCCUGAAACAUCUGUGAAAAAUAAAAAAGAACUAAGCUUGAAACAAUAUGUAAGAAUUGGUACAUGUUAAAAGUAGAUGUUUUACAUUUCAAGCACCUUUAGUCUGUGCUUCAACAACAAUUGUGAGGAAGUAUGUAAGCAAUCCUUGAUGAUUAGACCAGAUGGAGUCUGGACUGUGGUGGUGGUGGAGCAGGCAGAAGAACCAAACUGAAUGUCUGGAUGGAUAUGGUAUUGGUACAGAAUGCUACAUUUCUGUUAUCAUAACAUCCUUCAUCAGCAGAGCAGUGAUUGGAGAUGUUGUGAAGGUGUUUGGAACAUUUUCACGUCCUGCUGAGAGAACAUGGCUGUUCAGGUGUGAACAUACUGCUGGAAUCCACUCAGCUUGAGCUCUGCUGUCUUUCAAGUAAAAGGAGGCAACGAGAUACAGAGACAUUGUGACAGUAGGACACAACAGAGUGUGUCACUGCAGCAGAGGAGAUCUGGAUGUGAAAUAAAGUUGUAAUAAAACGUC